UUGGUUGUGUUUUCGUAUUUUAUUUCUAAUUUUUUAUCUUCUUUGUUUUAUGAUUAUACUAGCAAAAUAAUAGUAAAUAUAUCAAUAUAUUUAUGUGGGUGCUAAACAAAACUGGUGUGCUUUACAAUAUAUCUACUCAUUGUUUAGAUAACAAUUGAAUUCAUAAAAUAUAUAUUUGUACCGUAAUAGUAUUUUGAAAUGCUAUUGUAGUAGCAUUAUUCCCGUGAUGUCUAAUUCGUCGAGUAAUAAAAAUCAUAACAAGAAGUCGAAUAGUAGCCGCGACCGUGAUAGAAAUAAAUCUGUCGCUUCAGAGUCAGGAGGUUCGAGCCAAUGUGACACACCGCCGCUAAAUGACAAGGAUGGAGGACCAUCACAAGGCCGAUUUGCAGGGGUUGGAGCCGAAUCUAUACUAUGUAUGGCAGAACAAGUGGGUGCUGAACUUAGUGCAGAAGCGGCUACGAAUCUUGCUGAAGAUGUUAGCUACAAAUUACGCCAAACUAUUAGUACAAUUGCUUUGCAUAGUGAAAUGAUGAAGAAGUCCCGUGUUGACUGCUGGGAUGUGAAUGCAGCUUUAAUGUUAUCUGACACAAGCCCAGUUGUUGGUACAUGUGCAUCACAAUAUGCAACAUUCGGAGACGAAAAAUUAUGUAGCCAAGUUGAUAGUUUAUUCAAUGUCACAGAGUGUGGUUUAACCACACAGAGUUAUGUAUACGCAACAUUACCCACAGUAUCUGUUGAGUGGAUAACAGAUGAUAAAAGUUUGAAUAAUAGCAAUAAUAUAAGUGUUAACUUGCAGAAUUAUUACACAAAAGUUGCCAGAGCAAUAUUGAACCUUAAAAAUAAGCCAAAAGAGUUGGCAGUUGAAGAUCUGACGACAAACACUCGCAUAGGACCAAUAUUCCCCAACCUUUUCAACUUGGCCGUGCUGGUGUUGAAUGACGACAAUCUGAACGCGUUACAUGUGCCAGCCAAGAAACCCUUGCAGUCAAACGUUUUAGAUAUGGUCGACGCUCUCUGUUCAAAUCCCUGUAGUUUAGAUACGAAUAUUCAACAACAGUUCCAACGGCUCUUUCCAGUAAUGGUAUCAAAUAUACUAGGUAAUGGUUCGCUUGCGGAGAAAAUGGUCGCAAUAUUAACUAAAAUUACUCGAACAUGGCCAUCAUUUAUAGCAAUAGGUAAAGGUAUUCUGUUUGACUAUUUAUCACAAGGAACCAAAGAGCGAUUGACUGCGCCUAUGAUCAAAUGCGUGAUGGCCUUAGGCCGGCGGGCGCUUAUAGAAUGCCUCGGUGAUCAUUUGGAGCAUAUAGAUGACUGUAUUCAUGCGCCUAGGAGGAAUCACUCGCAGGCUGAUCUUAGGGAAAGUAUACUAGACGCUUCCACCUGCCUACUUAGAUCUGAACCGACCACUUACCUCGAAGAUUAUGUUAUGACUGAUUACACUUUGUACGAGAUGUUAGGUGAUUCAAUAAUGCCACGGCGUACUUUGUUUCCGAUUACAGAAGUUACCACGAAUGGCGAGACCGAUGCAGAGAAAACAUCAGAUGAAGAUCACUACACGAUGUUAUUCAGGCCACCGAUGAGGCGGCCCAAAUUGAGACUGAUUCCUGUUAGUGUACAUAAUAACAGCAUCCACAGAGACACUGUGUUCGAGGAAACAAGAUACAAUAGUAAUAAGUGUAUUAGAAUAAAAAUAAAGAAUUGUAGAUCAAUCGAAUUGCCAAAACGUGUUGGUCGGACGUUCACUGAUAGGACUCAACUCAAUAACACUUUUGUGUCCGGUCGGGUUGCAGGCGCGGUGGCGGCCAGUGGUUUGUUAAACAGAUUCCGAUAUAGAUUAAAGAAAAACAAUGCAGUUCCAAUAUUUGGAUCGAUGAUGUUAUAAUUUGUAUCAUAGCUUUAAGUGAAAUAUAAAUUAUUUUUUAUAA